AAUGAGAAUCAAACUGCACUCGUUGGUGUGGCGGUCGCCUCCACUUUUCUGCCGCCAUUUAUAAACACUGGUCUUCUGUGGGCUCUGACCACUCAUUUGCAGAUAAGAGGUCUCCAUCAACAGUCCGUUCCCUACAAUAUGAGCGGUACUAUAAUGUACUUAAAGCCCGCUUACGCUCCACAGAGUGGAUACACUCCCGUAUAUUCCUAUGAUAUGAGAAUAGAGAAUACGUUAUUGGGUUGUGUGAGUAUGGUUUUGACUGCUCUCAACAUUAUUUGCAUGCUUGUCGUCGCGUAUAUUGUGCUCAAGAUUAAAGAAAUAGUGCCCUUAGAAAAGAUGGCUCCGGGAACUCAACGAUUCUUUAAACAUGAUUUGAAGAUCGCUCGGAAGUACAACCGAAAGUCAAUGGCCACCGGAAAUAAUGAUCCAAUUGGACAGCAAAUAUUGGAGGAAUGGGCCGAAAUCUCUGGACUCGAUAAAAACCAAAUGUUGAGCGAAACACCAGAAGCCAGAGUUACCCAAUUGCAGACACUCUAUGAUAUUGCUCAAGACGUGGAAUCAGAUGAAACAUUCCAGACCGUAAUGGGCAAAGCCGUCGGAAACCCUAAUCAGUUUGGUUUGGGACGACGUCUCACACAACCGGUACUGUUCGGAAGGGGCGCCCGAAAGAGCAUGGCUUCCAACACCCAAUUCCCACAAGUGCUCACUCUUGGACAGGAUAUGCUAAAAGGACAGACCGGACGCCGCUAUACAGUUAGUCCAGCGGUUCUUAAAGCCAGAAAUAGUCGAGCGUUUAUGACGGAAGCAUCGGAUGAUAAUUCUCCGAACUCGACAAUGGGUUCCGUUCGCGGCCUUAAACCAAAUGAGUUAAUCUCAGAGCAGGGAAGGCGUCGGAGCAGUAAUUUAUUGCGAAAAUCGUUGAAAAAUUCGUCACAUUUGCCGUAUAGUGUUUGGCCGAGUAGUCAACCCCCGAACAGAUCCGACUCUAUUGUUCCCAAUUUGGGGGUUCGGAGGCGAACCCUCUAUAGUCCCAAAUUAGUGCCUAACAACGAAUCCACUGGAUUUUAA